AUGGGCAAAUUUAUGAAACCAGGCAAAGUUGUGCUUGUAUUGAGUGGACGAUUUGCUGGGAGAAAGGCAGUUAUUGUCAAGAACCACGAUGAUGGCACACAAGACAAACCAUAUGGACAUGCUCUUGUAGCAGGAAUUGACCGUUACCCACGAAAAGUGACAAGAAAAAUGGGCAAGAAGAAAAUGAAGGACAGGUCUAAACUGAAGGCUUUCCUGAGAGUAUACAACUAUAACCAUCUGAUGCCCACUAGGAGCAAGGCUCCUGCUAUCCAUUGUCUUGAGCCACAGUUAGAAAUUCACUUAAACAUCUCUGCUACAUUUACCUGUGGCUGCUUAAACACAUAA